AUGGAGUCUGUGUAUCACAUCCUGGAAUAUGAAUACACCGAAGCCAAUGUCUCGCUCACUGCCCUGAAGAAUAGAGACUCGGCACAGGUCCGUGUUCUCAAAGAUCUCUCUCAGCAGCUUCCGUUCCAACUCUUCGUCGCUCUCUUGGAAAAGCAAGAUUAUGGGAGUUGCAUGGAUGAUUUUAUGAAUCGGAAUAUAAUGAGGAUGAUGAUGAUGAUGAUGAUGAUGGUUAUAUUGAUCGAAUUGAUGUCCAUAUGCGAUCAAGGAAGCCGAAGAGCCUUCUUUACAAAAUCGACGAUCCCUCGCCCCACGGCGCGACCUAUUCUGUUAAAAGAUUUAUUUUACUUGGAAGGAAAGGUGGUGGGCAAAGAUCUACUGCUUGAUCGGGACAGUAUCCUAGAUGAAUCCGGCUUCGACUCUGUGAUGGUGGAAGAAGAGGUUGACGGGUACAUGGGAAAUGAAGGCGUGGGCGCAACCCAUUGGUAUCGUGUUACGAACAGCACGCCCUGGGAUCGCGACGAGUUGAGAAUAAAGGUUGGGAGAUGA